AUGACACGCUCGUCCUGCUACAACGCAGCCCUUCCUUCAGCUCGCACAAACGCGCUGUCGUGCUGUGCCCAGGCUUACUUCGCCGUUGCGACCAUUACGCACACUCUGUCCGUAGCCGUCGUCCACUCGUCCGCGCGUUCACCAGCCUCGAUGCGCCCACCGAUGCUGUCGUUCGUCCUGUGUCGAGGCUCACUGUCCACGCUACAGGCGUCUUCAGGCGACCCUAGUCCUUUGUUUGUUUUCGUGACCCGAGCUGCAGUUGUGUCUCGAGCUGCCGAUUCGAAAGUGAAAGCUCUCAGGGUCCGUGUGGAUCUACGGAUUCUUGCGACUGCGGGGCCAGCUGCCUCCACGAUGCACGCCAGCGACUGCUCGCCGGGCUCCACUCUGCUGUCUUUUGUCUCCUUGGCUGCUAGUGGCCAUCGUACUCGUCCAUCAUCGCAGGUCCAGGCUACCCGACGUGCCGCACCCACGUCAGCUCCAGUUCCCGGCCUCGCGUUGCUCUUUCUGUCGUUGACCAGUUCGUACUGA